AUGGGGACAGAGAUGGGCGUGGCCGCAUGGAGACAGCCGGAGCGGAUGGUGGAGGAACUCUACACUUUCGGCUCUCCCGGUGCGUCGAAGAGCAUCUUGCUGGACAUGUCCAGGGAGGGAGGAUGCAUCGCUGGCUUGCGUGUGUACACGAGGAGUGAGCGGCCCGGGUGGAAGGUGAACACGCCAGUAUACGACCCGGUUACUUGGAUCACUGAGCAGUUCGGCUUCCGCCACGCGCAGAUGGCCUUCUUCGAGCUUUCCGAGCAGAAUCUCCUCGAGAGUGACAUGGGCCCUUGUCGCGCAUCUGCCUCUGACCCUCACCACGAUGACUUCUGGUGGAUAGCUGGGCAUAGUUCCUACGAGGCCAUCCUGAAGCAUCAUCUCUUGGCGCAGGCCCCGGCUGGAGAGAAGCCGCUGCCGGCCUCAUACGAUGGCACCGACACCCUGACACUCCUGCAGAAGGCAUAUCUUAUGGUUCAUUUCACCUUCGUCAUCUAUGCGCCCGAGAUGCAAACAAUGCAUAUGGACGCGAGACUCUGGGGAUGGAACCUGGUGGGCUAUGCCGAGUCGCUCCCUUACGCAAACAAGGGCAGCCUGGUCCAGUUCCACGACCAUGCCGCGCUUUACCAGCACCCGAAGAGCCUGGAAUGUGCUCUCGUCUUCGAGGGCAGUGACCGACAGGAUCUCAGUGACUGGGUCUAUGAUGCUGACAUCAAGACUUCCCAGUUCUGUGGCUUCGAAGACGUUCACAGUGGGUUUCGGGACAAGUUGCUGGCUAUGCUUCGAAGCGAUGACUACGGCCAGGCGAUUCGGGCGAAGCUACCCUUUUGUUCUCGAGUCGCAGCUACUGGUCACUCCAUGGGAGGUGCACAGGCGGAGUUGUUUACAGCAUGCGCGAACCGGCGGAUCCCCAAGCCUUGGCAGACGGACGCGCUGUCCGAUCACAAGCUGGUUGCCUUCCAUUUGACGGGCCCGGAACUCUUGAGACCGUUCCUGACGGAACAGGUCCCCGGCGUGGUGCUACGCAAUGUAAACAACCGUUGCCUGGGCGUGGAGGGGCCCAUGCAGACGGCCUCCGGUAGCGCCCUGGCCGCCGAGCGCUGCCACGCCCCCGGCCCGCGCGCGGCGCAGCGCUGGCGGUUGGGAGAGGCUGGCAGUAUCGUGAACGAAGCGACCAGCAAGUGCUUGACAGUGGAUGUUGACGACACGUCGAAGCCUGUCGCUCUUCGUCUUUGCCGCCAUCUUGCAGAUGGCGCCCCUCACUCGAAUCAGACACUUGGAUGCGCUGGUGGUCAAGAGGAUUUGGGGUUCGUGGCUUACCACUCACUCCGGUUCUUCGAGAUAUUGAGACUUUCGCAGAGCGUUGGAGUGGUGUGCGGGUAG